UAAAAACAGCUGUGCAAACAUGUACUCUCGCUCGGUUGGAAGAUUCCUUCUAAAAGCGAAAAGCUCGUAAGAAACGGUUAGUUUUACACCAAAAUGAGAGCACUUGUGAGUUUUCUAGCUGCGGUUCUACUGGUAGUGGAGAUAUCGGUUGCUGUCCAGUUGGACGAAGUUCCCGGUAACCAACUACAAACGCUAGAGGCUUUGAUUGGAGAUGCUCUAGUGAACGUUGGAAAAUUAGAAACCGAUCUCCAGGAGGCUUUAUCACUCAAUCGGUUCAGCAACGUGGAAUCAGUUUCGGCGGAUGUCACCGGUUUGGCACAGAAACUGCAAGGAAUCACCAAUACGACUGAAACGCUUCUGCAACAUUCCCAGUACGAGCGCUAUCGUACAAUAAUCGCUGCCAUAAGGAUUAUCAACAGCACCUGCGCACGUAUGGCCAUCGAAUUAGAAAGAGUUCUACCGCUUAUUGUACCUGGCACAUUCACAUACGAAAUGCUGGAGAAAACUGCUGACGUUAAACAACACUUGAGUGUGGGACAAGUUCUGCUGAAGAGAUAUCUCGCAAUGUUAAUAGAUACAUCUUGAAUUGAAAUGAAUAAUGUAGGUCGAAUGCUUCUUCUGCAAUUAAUAAAUUGACGUCAUCACCAACUGUUCAAAUCAA